GAAGAAGAAACUCUGUCCUUUAUCAAAGAGAGCCUUGAGAAGAGUGACCAACUCACCAAGAACAUGGUUUCCAUCCUCUCCUCCUUUGAAAGCCGUUUGAUGAAGCUGGAGAACUCCAUCAUCCCAGUCCAUAAACAGACUGAGAACCUGCAGCGCUUGCAGGAGAAUGUGGAGAAGACUCUGUCCUGCUUGGAUCAUGUCAUCAGUUACUACCACGUGGCCAAGGACACAGAGAAGAUCAUAAAGGAAGGCCCCACUGGGAGGUUAGAGGAAUACUUGAAUUGCAUGGACAAAAUCCAGAAGGCAGUGGAAUACUUCCAGGACAAUAAUCCAGACAGCCCAGAGUUGAACCGUGUGAAAUCCCUCUUUGAGAGGGGCAAGGAGUCCCUGGAGUCAGAGUUCCGCAGCUUGAUGACACGAUACACCAAGCCAGUGCCACCCAUCCUCAUCCUGGACCUGAUCAGUGGGGAUGAUGACAUGGAGACCCAGGAGGAGAUGUCUCUGGAGCACCUCCCAGAGAGUGUCCUGCAGGAUAUCAUCCGCAUCUCUGGCUGGCUGGUGGAGAAUGGCAGGAAUCAAGAUUUCAUGACUGUUUACUUCCAAAUCCGCUCUGUGCAGCUCGACCGCUCCAUCAAGGGGCUGAAGGACCAUUUCCGUAAGAACAGCUCUUCCACUGGGGUGCCAUAUUCCCCUGCCAUUCAGAACAAAAGGAAGGACACCCCCACCAAAAAGCCCAUCAAGAGACCAGGCACGAUCCGUAAGGCUCAGAACCUUCUGAAACAGUACUCUCAGCAUGGUCUAGAUGGGAAAAAGGGGGCCUCUAACCUCAUUCCUAUGGAAGGGAGGGACGACGUGUUUGACAUCGAGAUCGACGCGUACGUCCACUGCGUCAGUGCCUUUGUCAAACUGGCCCAGAGCGAGUACCAGCUCCUGACAGAGAUCGUCCCAGAGCACCACCAGAAGAAGACCUUUGAUUCUCUCAUCCAGGAGUCAUUAGAUAACUUGAUCAUGGAAGGGGAUAACAUUGUCUCAGCUGCCCGGAAAGCCAUCAUCCGACACGACUAUUCGGCCGUGCUCACCAUCUUCCCCAUCCUUAAGCAUCUUAAGCAGAUGAAGCCAGAAUUUGACCAGGUCUUGCAGGGAACUGCAGCAGGCACUAAGAACAAACUACCAGGGCUGAUCACUUCCAUGGAGACCACUGGUGCGAAGGCACUGGAAGAGUUUGCAGACAACAUUAAGAAUGAUCCAGACAAGGAGUAUAACAUGCCAAAAGAUGGGACAGUUCAUGAACUCACCAGCAACGCCAUCCUUUUCCUACAGCAAUUGCUGGAUUUCCAGGAGACAGCAGGUGCCAUGCUGGCAUCACAAGUUCUUGGGGACACAUACAAUAUUCCUUUAGAUCCCAGAGACUCUCAUAGCACUGAAUCUCCUUGGCACAGAGACCAGCUCCCAGUAGCUAUUUUUUUUUGCAGGCGACUGCUGAGCACCUACAUCUGCAAGGUGCUGGGCAACUUGCAGCUAAACCUUCUGAGUAAAUCCAAGGUUUAUGAAGACCCAGCUCUGAGUGCCAUUUUUCUGCACAAUAACUACAACUACAUUCUGAAAUCUCUGGAAAAGUCUGAGCUGAUCCAGUUGGUAGCUGUGACACAGAAGACAGCAGAGAGAUCUUACCGGGAGCUCAUUGAGCAGCAGAUCCAGACCUACCAGCGCAGCUGGUUGAAGGUGACAGAUUACAUCUUGGAGAGAAACCUGCCUGUCUUUCAACCAGGAGUGAAGCUGAAGGAUAAGGAGAGGCAGAUGAUAAAGGAGCGUUUUAAGGGUUUUAAUGAUGGGCUGGAGGAGCUGUGUAAGAUCCAGAAGGCCUGGGCAAUCCCAGACAUGGAGCAACGGGACAAAAUCCGCCGGGCACAGAAGACCAUUGUGAAAGAGACCUAUGGUGCCUUCCUGAACAGAUAUGGCAACGUGCCCUUCACCAAGAACCCUGAGAAGUACAUCAAAUACCAGGUGGACCAGGUGGGGGAGAUGAUCGAGAAGCUGUUUGACACAUCAGCAUAAAUCUCCAGCUGCCAAGUACAAGUCAGCACUCUUUCAGCAACCCUUGGGACUCCCUUCCCUUCUCCCCUGCCCCAUUGUGGUGGGCAGGGUGUUAUACUUGUAUUUAUCAGAUUUAUAAACCUGUGGAAACACUA